GAAGGAAGAAGAUACGUGAACCUCGGAAAUGUGUUUCAUUCCCUUGGCGAAUAUCAGAAUGCUAAAGAAUAUCACGAGAAAGCACUUGCCAUCGCGAUAGAAAUUGGCGACAGAAGCACAGAAGGAACAGCAUACGGGAACCUCGGAAGUGUGUUUCAUUCCCUUGGCGAAUAUCAGAAUGCUAAAGAAUAUCACGAGAAAGCACUUGCCAUCGAGACAGAAAUUGGCGACAGAAGAGGAGAAGGAACAAGAUACGUGAACCUCGGAAAUGUGUUUUAUUCCCUUGGCGAAUAUCAGAAUGCUAAAGAAUAUUACGAGAAAGCACUUGCCAUUGCGAUAGAAAUUGGCGACAGAAGAGGAGAAGGAGCAAGAUACGGGAAGCUCGGAAGUGUGUUUCAUUCCCUUGGCGAAUAUCAGAAUGCUAAAGAAUAUCACGAGAAAGCACUUGGCAUCGCGAUAGAAAUUGGCGACAGAGGAAAUGAAGGUUUAGCAUAUUUCAACCUUGGAAUGGUGUUCUGGAAUCUUAAAAAAAAUCGGCAAGCUAAAGAACAUUUGGACAAAGCAGUCGGCGUUAGUAUUGCAAUUGGUAACAAAGAACUGGAAGCCAGAGCCACUGUAAGUUUGGCACAUGUCUUUGAGUCUGUAAAUGACAGUCAGAAGGCAAAAGAACAUUGUGAGAAGGCGCUUACAAUCAACAGAGAAUCUGGCAAUAGAGAGUGCGAAGCACAAGUAUACCUAAGCGUUGGACUUCUAUCCCAAUCUUUUGGUGAAUAUGAUAAGGCAGCAUAUUAUUUACAGAAAGCGUGUUCCAUAAGCAGCGAAAUUGGACACAAAAUGACUGACUUUCAAAGCCUUCUCCAUAUUGCAGUGUUAAAGAUAUCGCAGUUCGAGGUUGUGGAGGCAUUGGAAUAUCUUUUCCAAGGUAUUGAAAAAUAUGAACAAAUAAGAACUCUUCAGAAAGGAAACAGUGGAUUUGAAAUUUCUCUGUUGGAGCAUCGCGGUACUUUUCCCUACAAGUUACUCACUCACCUCCUUUGUGAUACUGGAAGAUUUCGAGAUGCUCUCUAUGUUGAGGAGCUGGGACGAGCAAGAGUCCUCGCACAACUCAUGGCAGACAAGUACUCCUCUAAAAGCCACAUCUCAGCUGAUCCACGAUCAUGGUUCGGGAUUGAAAACAUCGCGAGAAGAGAAAGUAACUGUGUUUCUUUGUACAUUUCGUAUGAAAAUCGGCAAGUUCUUCUCUGGGUAUUGAAAGCAAAUGGAGACAUUUUCUUUCGAAAAACAGACCAAGUGAAAAUAGACACUCUUAUAGCUGAGCAAGUUUGCGAAGUGGAAGGAGUUUUCAAAAAGAGCGCCGAAUGCUUUGGUGUUUUACCCGCAGCGAACUGCGAAGACCGAUCGCUGGAUGACAAGGUGACGACAUCUCUUCAUGAAGAGAGCCAAGCAAAUUUGCGAGGUGACGAAACCAAAGGUACCGGACGAAGUCAUCAUUUGUGCUACGAAUGGAUCGUCGCACCUGUGGCAGAUUUACUCACAGAGCCCGAAAUCAUCAUUGUACCGGAUCGUUUCUCGUAUCGAGUCCCAUUUGCUGCCUUGCGUGAUGAACAAGCCGGAAAGUAUUUAUCGGAGAAGUACAGAAUACGCAUCGUCCCUUCACUGACAACUCUCCGGCUAAUUCAAGAAUCUCCAGCAGACUAUCACAGUCAAACUGGCGGACUGGUUGUGGGUGAUCCUACGGUUGGCAAAGUGCAAUACAAUGGACGUCUCAUUGACAUUAAACCAUUGUUCUGUGCAAGUAAGGAAGCAGAGAUGGUUGGUCAGCUGCUGGGUGUUCAGCCUUUAUUGGGACGUCGCGCAACAAAGCAGGCGGUUCUUCAAGCAAUACCUUCAGUGAGUCUGAUACAUCUUGCCGCACAUGGAAAUCCCGAAAGAGGAGAGAUUGCCCUCUCUCCUCAAUGUACUACUAACAGUACUCCACAAGAGGAAGACUACCUCCUAACAAUGUCCGACAUUGAACGAGUUCAAGUACGAGCUAAACUGGUAGUACUCAGCUGUUGUCACAGUGGGCGUGGAUUGGUUAAAAAAGAAGGAGUUAUUGGAAUCGCUCGAGCAUUCUUAGCAUCUGGUGCACGUUCAGUGUUGGUAGCAUCGUGGGCUAUAGAAGACCAAGCAACGGCGAAGCUCAUGAAAAAUUUCUAUAAACACCUUGUGCGUGGAGAAAGUGCCAGUGAAUCUCUUUACCGGGCCGUUCAAUGGUUGAGAAGCAAUGGAUUUUCCAAACCUUCCCAAUGGGCUCCGUUUGUGUUGAUGGGGGAUAACGUGACAUUUAUUUUUUGAGAAAAGGGAAAGAAGAACUCGAGGAGGACAACAACGAGGCGGAGAAGAAACAGAGUGACUACUGAUCCUACACAAAGAUUCUUCUUUCUAUACAUUGUCGUUCAAUGGACACUGAUAUUUCUUAGCGAAGAAAUUUUUAAUUUUUUUUUUACGGUCAAGUAGUAGAUUUUGCGUGUUUUUGUAGACAGGGCUUAGUCGAAAGCUAGUGAUAAUGAAACCUGCAAUUCAACCGUUUGAUCUAUUAAGAAUAUUAUCAUAUUAUCAAUAGGGAACUACAAUAAAUUAGGAUGGGAAAACUGAACACAGAAAAUUAGCUGAAUGUAUAAAUAUGUGAGAGUGUUAGCAAAGCUUUGUCAAAACUCAAAAUUAAUCCUUGAUUUAAAUCAUUAUAAUUCUGUUUUCAAUUCUCCCGUUGGACGCACACGUGAUCAUUAAAGAGUGAUUAAGACUGUUCACUGGUGCAGGAGAUGAUAACAUAACAAACUAACAGAAGAAGAAACAAAAAGUGCCGAGAUACUGAAGACACAAUCAAAACAAAAGAGAAGAUAAUUAUGUAAAAAUCAGACAGAGAAGAGAAAAAUGCUCGAGAAUUACCGCAAAAAUCAAACAGUGUUGAGAACAGGGCGCUACAUAUUAAUCUAAAAGUUAAGUGAAGAAGAGAACAAACAGAGUACAAUAUACUAAAAGAAAAGUAUUAACAAAUAGAGAAGAAGAGAAACGGUGAGCGAAUUAUUGAGAUAAAAUUAGGAGAAAAUAUUGCACGAGAUACUAACGUCAAACAGAAGAGUGCAAACAGUUGGUAGGAUAUGCACGUGACAAUCAGCCAGAAUUAACCCUUUAACUCCCAUGACCUCAUUAGAAAUUCUCCCUACUGUCUGCCAUGAAAUACUUAGGAUUUUAAUUUGGAGAAUUUGGUAUUGGAUCAGCCCGUAGUUCCCUAAUUGAGUUUUCUUCUUUAUUCUCCUCACUUGUCUGCUUGAUUCUGAGUUGGUAUUGUAAAGAGAAAUUCUGUCUUGGUCACUCAUGGGAGUUAAAUGGUUAAGGAAAAGAACAGAGGGCUAGAUUCUAAUAUAGGAAAGAAAUUUAAGUUAAAACAAACAGUGAUGUAGAUAUUAACUUGGAAAUCAAACAGAGACGAGAAAAGCAUUGUGCAAGAUUUGAAUGAAAUAUUUAAUCGGAGGAGAGAACGAGUUAUGCACAAGAUUCAACUGAACAAAACUACCAAACAGAGCAGUGAAAAAAAAACAGUUCUCAAUAUAAUCCAAACAAACAAAGUAAAAAGAAGAAACAGUGGACUGGACAGACAGUAAAAUCAUAGGCAUGCAAUACAUGCAAGAGUUGUUUUUAAGGCUGGGUGAAUUGAGGUGGGACACUGUGUAACUGAUGUUUUCAUUUUUGUUAAAGAAAAAGAGCCUUAACCUCAAAAAGAACGAAAAUAACGCAUUAGUUUAGUUAAAA